GUUUCAAGCGGUGGCUGUCCUCGCCUGUCCCGGCUCCUCGUGUCUGCGUGGUGGGCAUCGGGCCUGCGGGCUUUUACACUGCUCAGCACAUCCUCAAGCACCAUGGCGGGGCCCGAGUGGACAUCUAUGAGAAGCUGCCUGUUCCCUUCGGGCUUGUCCGUUUUGGGGUGGCCCCAGACCACCCCGAAGUGAAGAAUGUGAUCAACGCCUUCACGCAGACAGCGCGCUCGGAGCGCUGCGCCUACUACGGAAACGUCACCGUGGGGAGGGACGUCACGGUGGCAGAGCUGCAGCAGGCUUACCACGCUGUGGUGCUGAGUUACGGUGCUGAAGGUAACCGGGUCCUGGGGAUCCCAGGGGAGAACCUCUCCGGUGUUUAUUCGGCCCGAGCGUUCGUGGGCUGGUACAACGGGCUGCCCGAGAACCAGGAUCUGAAGCCUGACCUGAGCGGCGAGACAGCGCUGAUUCUGGGUCACGGCAAUGUGGCGCUGGAUAUUGCCCGGAUCCUCCUGUCCCCGCUGGAUCUCCUCAGGAAGACAGACAUCACUGAUGGCUCCCUGGCAGCUCUUGCCUGCAGCAAAGUGAAGCGCGUCUGGCUGGUUGGGAGGAGGGGACCUCUCCAAGUUGCUUUCACUAUCAAGGAGCUGCGGGAGAUGAUAAACCUGCCUGGUGCCAGACCUGUUCUGAACCCUGCUGACUUCACAGGCCUCGAAAAUGCUAUUAAAGAUGCCCCCAGGCCCAGGAAGCGACUGACUGAGCUGAUGAUUAAAACAGCCCUAGAGAAGCCUGGGGAGAAGGCAAUGGAGGUGCAGGCAGUGGUGGCGCAGGCAGCAGUCCCCCGGGAGUGGGGCCUGAAGUUCCAGCGCAGCCCCCAGGAGGUGCUGCCGACCACUGAUGGGAGGCGGGCAAGGGGCGUCCGCAUGGCCCUGACCCGCCUGGAGGGCUCAGGUGACUCCGCCAAAGCCAUUCCCACUGGAGACGUGGAGGAGCUGGAGUGCGGGCUAGUGCUCUACCGGAGCCUGCCCCUGGACCCAGCGGUACCCUUUGACACCCGGCGCGGCAUUAUCCCCAACAGCUCGGGCAGAGUGGAGGGUGUCCCAGGUCUGUAUUGCAGCGGAUGGGUGAAGAGGGGACCCACGGGCGUAAUCAUCACCACCAUGAACGACAGCUUUGACACUGCCCAGUCUGUGCUGGAGGAUCUCCAGGCGGGUAUACUGGACAUGUCCGCCUCCAGAGAAAGCUUUGGGGCCGUGGAGAGCAUCCUGCGCAGCCGAGGGGUCCGUCCUGUUUCCUUCUCGGACUGGGAGAAGAUAGAUGCUGCUGAAGUGGCAAGAGGCAAAGCUGCUGGCAAACCCCGGGAGAAGAUAGUGGAUCCUCAGGAGAUGCUGCAGUUGAUCGGUCACUAA